AUGGGGAGAAGGUCAAUAAUGAGCACUCGCAGUAAAUACGAUCAGAUGCAGCAAUGGGACGAUAGGAACAAUAUGCUGGCCUAUAGAAUGGGGCUGAGAAGCGCCAGCCAUCGGUCACAUUCCGUGCUCGCUGCAUGGAUUGUAAUCCUUGUAUUUGACGUCGUGGCGACAAGAUGCAUUCUCUCGUGGCUGCCCAAAAUGGUUGCGCUGAUGUAUUGUCCGUGUGACGCCAUCUAUCCUUCGAGUUCGUCGUGGAAUUUCGGGCCUGCAGCUCUGACGUGGUCCCUUGAUGGCGAUUUGAAGGACAGCGUUUGUAGCAAAGGCGCGUUGCUCGAAUCGACGAUAAUACAAGGACUCACUCUACAUACGAGGACACAAACACCGAUUGGGAUGCAGUUCGGAUAA